GGCGAAGCCGAAGCCGGCGGGAUGGCCGCUCCGCUGAGCGACGGGGAACGGAGAAAGCAGAUCAGCGUACGGGGGAUCGCGGGGCUGGGGGACGUGGCGGAGGUGCGCAAGAGCUUCAACCGCCAUCUCCAUUUCACCCUCGUCAAGGACCGCAACGUCGCCACCCCCCGCGACUACUACUUCGCGCUUGCCCACACCGUGCGCGACCACCUGGUGGGACGCUGGAUUCGCACCCAGCAGCAUUACUACGAGAAGGACCCCAAGCGCAUUUACUACCUGUCCCUGGAGUUCUACAUGGGCCGCACUCUGCAGAACACCAUGGUGAACCUGGGCCUGCAGAACGCUUGCGACGAAGCCAUUUACCAGCUGGGUUUGGACUUGGAGGAGCUGGAAGAAAUCGAAGAAGAUGCUGGGCUGGGAAACGGAGGCCUGGGCCGUUUGGCAGCUUGCUUCUUGGACUCCAUGGCCACUCUGGGGCUGGCGGCAUACGGUUACGGCAUCCGCUACGAGUUCGGUAUCUUCAAUCAGAAAAUUGUCGACGGCUGGCAGGUGGAGGAGGCCGAUGACUGGCUACGCUACGGCAAUCCCUGGGAGAAAGCUCGCCCAGAGUACAUGCUCCCUGUGCACUUCUACGGCCGCGUGGAUCACACUCCUGAGGGUGUGAAGUGGAUCGACACUCAGGUUGUCCUUGCUAUGCCUUACGACACGCCAGUGCCAGGAUACAAGAACAACACUGUAAACACCAUGAGGCUGUGGUCUGCAAAAGCACCCAAUGACUUCAACCUCCAAGAGUUCAACGUGGGUGACUACAUUGAGGCGGUGUUGGACAGAAACCUGGCAGAAAACAUAUCCAGAGUCCUGUACCCAAAUGACAAUUUCUUUGAAGGCAAGGAGCUGCGACUGAAACAGGAGUACUUCGUGGUGGCUGCUACCCUCCAAGACAUCAUCCGCCGUUUUAAGUCCUCCAAAUUUGGCUGUCGAGACCCUGUGAGAACAUGCUUUGAAACCUUCCCAGAUAAGGUGGCUAUUCAGCUAAAUGACACCCACCCUGCCCUGUCCAUCCCAGAGCUUAUGCGGAUCCUGGUGGAUGUGGAGAAAGUGGAUUGGGACAAGGCCUGGGAGAUCACGAAACAGACCUGCGCCUACACCAACCACACCGUGCUGCCUGAAGCCCUGGAGCGCUGGCCGGUCUCCAUGUUUGAAAAGCUGCUGCCACGUCACCUAGAGAUCAUUUACGCCCUCAACCAGAUGCAUCUGGAUCGGGUGGCAGCUCUCUACCCAGGGGACAUUGACCGUCUCCGGAGGAUGUCGGUGAUCGAGGAAGGAGACUGCAAACGUAUUAACAUGGCUCAUCUCUGUGUGAUUGGCUCCCACGCGGUCAAUGGCGUGGCCCGCAUCCACUCUGACAUUGUGAAGAACUCGGUGUUCAAGGAUUUCUAUGAGCUGGAGCCGGAGAAGUUUCAGAACAAGACAAACGGGAUCACACCGAGGCGCUGGCUCCUGCUGUGCAACCCAGGGCUGGCUGAUGUUAUUGCUGAGAAAAUCGGGGAAGGGUUUAUCACAGAUCUGAGCCAGCUGAAGAAGCUACUGGAUUUCAUCAAUAAUGAGACUUUUAUCAGGGAUGUGGCGAAAGUCAAACAGGAAAACAAACUGAAGUUUGCAGCCUACUUGGAGGAGCAGUACAAGGUCAAGAUCAACCCUUCGUCCAUGUUCGAUGUUCAGGUCAAGCGAAUCCAUGAGUACAAGCGGCAACUGCUGAACUGCCUGCAUGCUAUCACUCUAUACAACCGCAUCAGACGCGAUCCAUCCAAAUCCUUUGUGCCCAGGACUAUUAUGAUCGGAGGAAAGGCGGCCCCUGGCUACCACAUGGCCAAGAUGAUCAUCAAACUCAUCACAUCCAUCGGUGAGGUCAUCAACAACGAUCCCUAUGUGGGGGACAGGCUCAAGGUCAUCUUCCUGGAGAACUACCGGGUAUCCUUGGCCGAGAAGGUGAUCCCAGCAGCGGAUCUCUCCCAGCAGAUCUCCACAGCUGGCACAGAGGCCUCGGGUACCGGCAACAUGAAGUUCAUGGUGAACGGGGCCCUCACCAUUGGUACCAUGGAUGGGGCCAAUGUGGAGAUGGCGGAGGAGGCAGGCGAAGAAAACCUCUUCAUCUUUGGCAUGCGGGUGGAGGACGUGGAGGCCCUGGAUCGCCAAGGGUAUAACGCACGGGAGUACUACGAGCGUCUGCCAGACCUGCGACAGGCUGUCGACCAGAUCAGCAGCGGGUUUUUCUCCCCUCGAGACCCCGGUUGCUUCAGGGAUGUUGUGAAUAUGCUCAUGCACCACGACAGGUUCAAGGUGUUUGCUGACUACGAGGCUUACAUUAAAUGCCAAGGUCAAGUGGACCAGCUGUUCAUGGACCCCCGGGAGUGGACUAAGAAAGUCAUCAGGAACAUUGCAUGCUCGGGCAAGUUCUCCAGUGAUAGGACCAUCACAGAGUAUGCCCGGGAGAUCUGGGGUGUGGAGCCAUCUGCCACAAAAAUCCCCCCACCCAACCUCCCCCGGGAUUGAUGCAAGCACAGAGGGAAGGAAGGAGGGAUGCGCUCCCAGCCCAGGAGGCCUCACCUGAAUUUCACCACCAGUCUCAGAUGGGCUCAGCUCUGCAGAAACAAGGCUUUUCCCUCAGCGGGGUAGAAGGAUGCUCUGAGGAAGAGCCCUGACUGAGGAAGAGGAGCUGGGGGAGAGGAGAAAGGACCCCGUUUGUACCCAUGUAUCCAGCCUGCAUGUGCUGCAUAGUGCUUUUAGUGAGAUGACCACAGAGAAGUCUUCCACAGCUGUGCUCCAUGCUUAACAAGGGCUUUCCAACUAAAUCCUCCCCUCUCCCCCUGCAUGCAGCCUGGCCUGGCCUCCUUG